GUGACAGAGGCUUUUACUACUGGAGACAUUGGACAUUGGACACACACUGAGAGUCUCAGCUCACAGAAGCAGUCGGGUUUCGCUCUGGAUAUUGUUCAACAGCAAACCGCUCGGAUGUGCAAUAUGACUUUUGAAGAAACCGGUGGAGAUACUUCUUCAGAAAGGAUGGACUCGGUGGCUAAAGCAUUAGAGGAGAUCCUGAGCUCUGCGUUACCUCAGGGUUGCAUCACUGUUGGAGUCUAUGAGGCAGCAAAGUCACUAAACGCGGAUCCAGACAAUGUGGUGCUGUGUCUGCUGGCCACAGACGAUGAGGAGGAUGUGGCUCUCCAGAUUCAUUUCACCUUAAUCCAGGCUUUCUGCUGCGAGAACGACAUCAACAUCCUGCGGGUGGGCAACACCAGGCGUCUGGCAGAAAUACUUGGAGGAGUGAAACCUGGAGGGGAGCCCAUGGACCUGCACUGCGUUCUAGUUACUAAUCCUCAGUCGUCACCGUGGAAGGACCCCGCGCUGAGCAAAGUGAACAGAUUCUGCAGAGACAGUCGCUGUUUGGAUCAGUGGGUGCCUGUCAUCAACCUGCCCGACCGAUGAAACCACUUGGAAUAUUAAUGUAUUGUGUGCAUUGGGGAAAAGUAACUGCACAAGGCCUGUGUUAAUGUCUGUGUUGGACUCCUUUGGAAAGUGCCCCAGAGAGAGAGAGAGAGAGAGAGAGAGAGACGGGAGGGGCAGAAAAAAAAAGGACUCAAGGAAGCAAAAUGUUCCAACAAAUUUUCCAGGUCAGGGCGAAAUCGUGGGCCAAGGAAGAGUGACUCAGCAGUCUGGGUUCCAGGAUUUCCAAUGUAUGACUGCGCCUUUCUCUGCCGAGAAAGAAGCCUUUACAGGAAACUGAAUCAUGUGAGUGGAGGAGCCCACGUGGUGGUGAGCACAAGCGCGGGACAGAGGAAAAGCAGACAGAGAGCCCCAGUUGACUCUGAGAACUGGACCAUGCUGAUGUUGACCAGUCAGAACUCUCGGCUCGAAGGGCUCCUUGUGAAAAUUUGACCAAAUCUAAGCAUUUCUUUAACAGCACAUUUAUUUAAUAGUAUUUAAGACUUUGACACUUUGAUAACUCAAAAGGGAAACUUUUCAGUUUAUUAUUAUUAUUAUUAUUAUUAUUAUUAUAAUUUUAAGGGCAAUGCAAUGUUUAGACUUGUCCACUAACUGGUGUUUUUAUGUGUUAUUAAUUUAAUGAGUUAUAUUUAUUGUGCAUAGUUCAUGGAAUUCUGCCUUGUUAAGUUGAAUGAAAUAAACAAAACAACCAACAGUU